ACAAACAGUUCAUUACAAACGAGUCAGUAUGAACACCAACAACACGAUAAAAUGCCACUCAUCUUCUUCAAACUCAAGUCAUUUUAACAAAGACUUUCACCAAACUCUCCACUACGGCCACCUUCUGAUAUGUCGCCGGCAACCACUCUCCGGCCAACGUUUCUCUUCCUUUGCCUCCUCUCUUUACUCUCUCUUUUCUCCUCUGCCAGCUCUGACGAGCUUCAACUUGUUUUAACCAUCAAAUCCGCUUUAAAGGAUUCCCAUACGGGCUUAUUCGACUCGUGGGAGUCGAAUAAGCCCGUAUGUGAGUUCCAAGGAAUCACAUGCAACGAAGAGAAUUUGGUUAGGGAGAUCGACCUCUCUAACCAACAUCUUUCGGGAAAGUUUCCUUUCGACUCUGUAUGCAAGCUAGAGUCGUUAGAGAAACUUUCGUUAGGGGCCAACUACUUAGUUGGUCCCGUUACCGAAGAUGUAAAUAACUGUACUGAGUUACGUUAUUUAGAUCUUGGUAACAAUAAUUUUUCAAACACGGUUCCGGAUAUAUCAUCACUCACUAAGCUGACAACUCUUUACUUAAAUAAAAGCGAAUUUCAGGGAAUAUUUCCCUGGAAUUCACUCGAAAACAUGUCAAAUCUUUCCAUUCUAAGCUUGGGUGAUAAUGAGUUCGACAAGAGUCCAUUUCCAGAGCAAGUGCUGAAACUUAAGAAGUUGACUUGGUUGUACUUAACAGGCUGUAGUAUUGAAGGGAAAAUUCCAGCUGGGAUCGGAAACCUGACAGAGCUGGAAGAUUUGGAGCUGUCUGACAAUUAUUUGUCAGGAGAGAUUCCUUACGAGAUUUCUUAUCUUCGGAAUUUAUGGCAGCUAGAGCUUUACAGCAAUCAGUUGACAGGAAAAAUACCCACUGGCUUUCGAAACCUGACAAAAUUGAAGAAUUUUGAUGCAUCAACAAAUUUUUUAGAAGGUGAUUUAUCCGAGUUCGGAUUUAUGUCUCAGAUGGAAUCAAUUCAGCUGUUCGAAAACAAUUUAUCGGGUGAAAUGCCGCCUGAAUUCGGAGAUUUCAAGAACUUGAGGUUCUUGUCGCUUUACACCAACAAAUUUACUGGCACAGUGCCUCAAAGUCUUGGCUCCUGGGCUGAUUUUCUUUACAUUGACAUCUCUGAGAAUUCAUUCAGCGGUUUUAUUCCGCCAAAUAUGUGUAAAAAGGGCAAGAUGGAGGAGCUGUUGAUACUUCAGAACAAGUUUGUUGGUGAAAUCCCGGAAAGUUAUGCGAAUUGCACAACGCUGACACGUUUUCGUGUUAGCAACAAUUCUCUUUCUGGUAAUGUUCCUAGUGGAUUAUGGGGACUGCCAAAAGUGAACAUCAUUGAUCUUGCAAUGAAUAACUUUGAUGGAACAGUGUCUUCUAAACUCGGAGAUGCAGGGUCAUUAUCCGAAUUGAAUUUGGCUAAUAACAAGUUUUCCGGUGAAUUGCCUGUGGAGAUAUCACAGGUUUCCACUUUGGUAAAACUUGAUACGAGUUAUAAUCAAUUCUCAGGCAAAAUUCCGGAUUCUAUUGGCAGAUUGAAGGAGUUGACUAGCCUUCAUUUGCAAGUGAACAUGUUUUCUGGUACAAUACCAAGUUCACUAGCUACAUGCAGUUCUCUGACGGACAUAAACAUCGCGGGGAACUUGUUUUCAGGGGAUAUCCCGGCUAAGCUUGGAGAUCUACCGACACUAAAUUCAUUGAACAUGUCAAUGAAUCAACUCUCCGGUUCAAUCCCAUCAAGUUUGUCUUCUUUGAGGCUAAGUCUUCUUGAUUUAUCAAACAAUAGAUUGUCUGGACUAAUUCCUCAGUCCCUUUCUAUUGAGGCCUAUAAUGGUAGCUUCGCGGGAAAUGAAGGUCUUUGCAGUCAGAACAUCAAGUUUUUCAGGCGUUGUUCGUCAAAAUCCAGAGUUUCUUCUGAGACUCGAACCCUUAUUGCUUGCUUUGUGGUUGGUUUGGCUGUCCUACUUGUUUCUUUGGCUUGUUACCUUAACUUGAGGAAGAGUGUGAAGGAUAUUCAGGAACGUUCUUUGAAAGAAGAUUCUUGGGAUGUGAAGUCAUUCCAUGUGUUGACGUUUACUGAAGAUGAGAUUCUUGAUUCAGUCAAGCAAGAGAAUCUUAUUGGAAAAGGAGGAUCAGGGAAUGUGUACAGAGUUCUUCUUCCAAAUGGUAUUGAAUUAGCAGUGAAACAUAUCUGGCACUCGGAUUCUAAUGUCCGAAAGAAGAUCAGAACAACUUCGCCUAUGUUGUCAAAUGCUAAAAAGUCCCCUGAAUUUGACGCAGAGGUACAGACUUUGAGUUCUAUUCGACAUGUUAAUGUGGUUAAACUGUACUGCAGUAUCACAAGUGAAGACUCGAGCUUGUUAGUCUAUGAAUACAUGCCUAAUGGAAGCUUAUGGGACAGGCUUCAUACUAGUGAGAAAAUGGUGAUUGAUUGGACCACAAGGUAUGAGAUAGCACUGGGAGCCGCGAAAGGAUUAGAGUAUUUGCAUCAUAAUUGUGAGAAGCCGGUGCUUCAUCGUGAUGUCAAGUCGAGCAACAUAUUGUUAGAUGAGUUCAUGAAGCCCCGGAUUGCAGAUUUUGGGCUGGCAAAAAUUGUCCAAGCAAAUGCAACCAAUAACACAACUCAUGUUAUUGCAGGAACACAUGGCUAUAUUGCUCCAGAGUAUGGAUACACAUACAAAGUAAGCGAGAAGAGUGAUGUGUACAGCUUCGGAGUAGUAUUGAUGGAGCUAGUGUCCGGAAAAAGACCAAUUGAACCUGAAUAUGGAGAUAACAAGGACAUAGUAAGCUGGGUGUGCAGCAGGCUGAAAACCAAAGAAACUGUUUUAAGUGUUGUUGAUUCACGUAUCCGCGAAGCAUACCAGGAAGAGGCCAUCAAGGUUCUAAAAAUCGCCAUCUUGUGCACCGCAAGGCAGCCAGCACUAAGGCCGACAAUGAGGACAGUGGUCCAAAUGCUGGAGGACGCGGAUCCCAACAGAUUAAUCGGCAUUGUUGUUAGGAAAGAUGGCAGUAAGAAAGAGGAUCCUGUCAAGAACAUUGAGAAACCUUAGUCCAAGUAAAAGGGCCAAAUUUUGAUGCUGGAGAUCUUUGCUUGGCCAAAAUAUCUGUAAUAUAUGUCAAUGAAAAGCAAUGUCUUUCCUGUAAUAGAAGGGAGAUGUAGAUGGUUUUUUUGUUUAAAAAGUAAAAAUAAUGUAGUGGUUUAUAAAGUAGAUUGCUGAGUUAAGAUUUCAUUCCAAGUAUGUGUGAAUUAGACAGUACAUAUGACAUGUAAGAUUCUAUAAUCUUCUUUUUCACUGCAGUUGAAAUUCUAUUAGGAUCAGAGUUCAGUUCUUCUA